ACGCUCAUUUCAAUAAAUAUUUAAUAUUCAUUACUAAUCUCAUCGCUCUAAAGUGAGAAGUGAGUUUUUCAUCCACGUUCAAGCCUUAUAAUUCGCUAGAACAAUGUCGUACAGAAGUUAAGCAUAUAUAUCGACUUCAACGGUUUAUAUUUGUUCGCCUUGCAGAGCAUCGGUGGACCGGCAAUUGUGUGUCGUGCGACAGUGGAAGGAAAGUUUCAAUCGAAAUUAGUAGGGAAGCAACACUACGGUGGUCGCACAUUAUGCCUAACCGGCAUAUUGAGAAUAAAAAUUUUUUCUUUGUUUGUGUGCGUAUGCCUGUAUUACUGUAUGUAUUGUUUGUUUUCCAGAUUUAGAACAAUGCGAACAACCAAAGUACAUUGAUAUUCUCAAGAGGCUCUGAUUCACUCGAACAAAUGUUCAAACGCUUUCAUUUUCUCACAUGUAUCGAACCGGAAUCUAAUGGCAAACAAUGCGAGCGAGAGGGGGAGAGAGAGGCUCAACGAUAAAGGACUUUUGAAAUUGGAACAACAUCGAAAUGGAACAGCACCAAACCGGUAUACGCAUAACAAUAAAAAAAAAUUUAUCAUAUUAAUCGAAGGCAAAUUAUUCAACGAAGUGAUUCGAUUGAAAUUGAUCUGUUUAUCUGUUCUUGUGUUUGUUUAAUAAUGAAAUAUGCACUCAACCGAAGUUAAUCGCUGUUUGAUACAUGCCAACAAUAUCUUGAAGUAAUAUGUGUCAAAUCUGCAACGCAGAGAGAGAGGAGAGAGAAAAGAGAUUUUAUUUUCAUUUCAGGAUUUCAAUGCAUACAAAUGAACACAUUCGGCUGUACUCGUUCCUGCUCACUUAGCAAAAGUGGUCAUACAUCAUUUACGACGAUAAUUCCGUUUUUCAAUAGACUAACCCUACAAGAAUUUUGCGAUACAUUGAGGUUUACGUCGACAUGUCGCCGUGAAACAAAACCUUCCCGUGACAUUCCGCAUUGCGAUAGGUUUUUCAAUGUACAGGUUUACGCAUAAUCAUUACGCCGACAUAUCUGCGACAUAUCGCAUUGCGUAAACCUGUAAAUUCGAAUUGUAUCCAACUUCAUUACAUUGAAAACAUAAUUUCAAAUGGUUGUAUUUAAACUUUUCAUGUUGCUCAUCGUUGCUAAUAAGAAAAAAAAACUUAUUCAAAAUAAUUAUUAAGUAGAAUAAUCAGCCAUUGCAGCCUUUAAAAAUACAACAUGCUGAAUUCGAAUGAAGUUGAUCGCAGUUCAUGCAUUCUGUGACAACUAUUGCAUAAGGUUGGCGAUACGUUUGCGUAAACGUUGUCGCAAAAUUCUUGUAGGGUAAUUCUAAAUACGGUAAAACAUGUUUCGUUUAAAGUUCAUAAUUGAUUUUUUUUUGUUUUUAGGGGGGAGCAAACGCAUUUCAGCGUUCACACACAAUAUUGGGAAUAGGAUCGAGCUUGAUACACAUUCUCCAUCAAAAUGAAUUGUAGCAAAUUGUCUUAUGCAUAUUGCACAAUUUCAAUGAUUUCAUUUUGUUUCUAUUGCACACACUCAGUCAAAUCACAUGAAAUCGAUAAUGAUAUUAUCAAUGUCAAACGGGAAAUGUGUCACAAUGCAUUGAUUAAUAUUAGAAGUCUUUGAGAAAGUGCAGCGAAAUGAGUCAGUCAUUUGAUUUUAUGCACCGAAAAUUCAUUUUUCAUAACAUUUGUUCUGUUUGUUAUUGGUGGUGGUCAUGCAAUAUAACUCCCUUGUUUUCUGCGGCAUUACAAUUUUUGGCGAGUUUUAAUCAAAGAGAAGUACUUUUUGAUUAAAAUAUAAAUUAAUUAUGCAUUUAUAGUAUAUAGUUCCCUCGUUUUCAAUAGAUAUUUCAAUUUCCUUAUUAAUUUCAUGUAUUUCCAUCAAGCUUCUCUCACUGUCGAUGUAAACCAAUGGACAUGUUCCUUUCUUUUAUAUAAUAUACACAUAUACACCGAGAAACUGAUACGUUCCGUCUAAUUUCCGUUAUUAUGAAUCAGCAUUCCGGCUUUGCCGUCGUCGUUGUUUCUGUUGUUGUUGUUGUCGUCUAUGCUCCCGCUUUAUUCAAGUGGCAAAGAAAUAUUGGCGCCUUGAUACUGAAAAAUUCACCAUUGUCAAUGGGUGGGUGGGUGUUAUCCACACAUUAAUAUUGUGUGAGAUUUUCACAUCAUAAAUAAAUGCUAACAAAUGUCAUCGCAUGUAUUUCGCUUUAUUAUAUUAUUAUUUUCUUUUUCUUUUUCUUCGCUGUACUAUUUGCAAUAACGACAUGGCAAAAGGUUGGCGUAUAGCAUUUCCUUCAAUUAUCGAAAUGAUUCAGUGCAAUUGCUUUAAUGAGUCGGUAAAUCUUCACCAUUUUAAUUGGAUUUCGGUGUAUUUAUCAAUAGUGUUAAUUAUUAUUAACAAAUGAAGAACACUUAAUAUCUUGAUAAAUGUUUUAUGGCUCGAAUUGUAUGGGGAAUUUUAUUUCUUUGUUUUCUUUCGUAGUCAUCAUUCAAAAAUGAUUAUUACGUCAUUGGUGACACAGGGAAUUCAACUUGUUGCCGAUAGUGAUUUUGUCGUUCGACAAACUAAAAGUCACACUUGUAAAAUAUAAAAUAGGCAACAAUGUAUCCAUAAAACAUGACUUCCGAAUAGCAAUUUCUUUUCUUUUUCUUAUUUUUCUUCAAAAUGAUAGCACAUGAUACAUGACACAUGUUAUACAUGAAAUAUCACUUGAAAAUCUUAAAAGCAAUUGCAAAUGCGUAUUGUGUGGCAAAUUUACUGACGAAAAUGUGCCGCAGUGUGUGCGUCAAAUUAAAUUGGUCCUAUUUAAACACAAUAAAAGCAUAUUUUUAAAUAUCAGACACAAAGGUAGCCGUAAUUGGGAGCAAUUAUCAUUACUCGGCAAAUAGAGUUUUUGAUCUAUUUUUUCAAAACGAUAUUGCCACUUACUGCAGGGCCUUGGUAUGUGCUAUGAUUUUUAUUUUCUUGGUAGUUUAUGACACUCUGUUCUUUCCUUAACAACUAUAUUUGUUUAAUGCUCAAUCACAUAUCGAUAUAUAAUGAGUUGGGAUCGCGCGCGCGUGUGUUAUCGAAAUUACAUGUAGUGUUGAUGAUGAUGAGCAAUUACAAUUAUAAAUUGAUGUCUUUAAUUACGACAUACAAAUAUUUACAGAAGAUUGAAAUAUUUAUACGGAGAAAAAAAUAGACGUGUUCAAUUGCUUAUCAGUCUAUUGACUCGAGGAUGAUACAAUUUAACGACAUUUUAUCUUUGCGUCUAACCAAGUGCAAGCGUCACCUUUAGGGUCCAUGUAAGUGUAUUGUUCUUAUCAUUGCAAAUAAUUUUUGCGCCCAUUCAACGAACAUACCAUUCGAACAAUUAUUUCUCUAUUUUGUUGUUGUUGUUGUGUUUCUGAAAACGAUUUCACAAUGCCUAGACAAAAUAAGUUGAUUGUAUCACAGUUUCAAUGAUUAGUUAUUCACGGCAUUCCAUGUGAAUCUGUUGUGCCUGUGCAGAAAGUUUAAGGGGAUAGAAACAGCCAUGAAUUUCGUUGGGUAUUUUUUAAUUGGAAUUUUGUGUUGCACAAUUGUGUCAGGUGAUUUACGACCAUUAGAUCCAAAAAAUGUUCAGACAUUUGCUGUAGAUACGCGUGAUGAACAAAAUUACCGUUUGCCAAAUAAUACGAAACCGGAAACCUACGAUAUUACAAUAAGAACGACAGUGGAUGAAGCAGUGAAUGAAGACGACGACAUCAGUUUCGAAGGAACGGUGGUAAUUAACAUCAAGGCGCUAGAAGAAACGUCUACCAUUACCCUACAUGCACGCCAAUUAACCAUAAAAGACAUAAGACUAAAAACUGCAAGUGGUGGUGAUAUUCAAUUAGAAUGGACAUACUCGAUUGUUCCCGAAUUUGUCAUCAUUGCGACCAAAAGUAAACUUGAAAAAGACAAAAACUACCUAGUGACCAUCGCCUACACGGGUGAAUUGAGAAAAGAUAAUGCCGGUUUUUAUCGAUCAUCAUAUCUUGAUGCCAACGGAUUGAGACAUUGGUUGGCGACAACACAGUUUGAAUCGACCGAUGCUCGACAUGCAUUCCCAUGCUAUGACGAACCUGCAUUUAAGGCCAAUUUCACUAUUCAUAUAGAUCAUGAUGUUUCGUAUAACGCUAUAUCAAACACUCAUGGAACAACAUCAACACCGGAUUCGGAGGGUAGAGUUAAGACAACGUUUGCCACAACGCCACCGACAUCGACGUAUUUGAUUGCAUUUAUCGUGUCAGAUUUCGAAUAUAACGAAACAAAUGCGUCAGAUACCAAUCCAACUCAUCAACGGGUCUUCACCAGCAAAAAUAAGCUCAGCCAAACUGCAUACGCAUUGGAUGAAGGCGUGAAGAUUUUGAAUGCCAUUUCAAAAUAUGUGUCAGUGCCAUUUUCCUUGCCAAAAAUGGACCAAGCUGCGAUACCAGAUUUCCAAGCUGGAGCUAUGGAAAACUGGGGACUUGUAACAUACAGAGAGCCAUACUUGUUAUAUGAUCCGAACGUUCAUUUGCCAUCACGACAGCUCACCAUCUCCACAAUAAUUGCACACGAAUUCGGUCAUCAAUGGUUUGGCAAUUUAGUGUCGCCAAAGUGGUGGACAUACAUCUGGUUAAAUGAAGGAUUUGCAACACUGUUCGAAUACCUCGGCGCUGGAUUGGUGCAUCCGGAUUGGAAUAUUUUCAGCGAUUUUAUUGCAAACCAACUGCAGCCCGUUCUUCGCACUGAUGCAAAAUCGACUACGCGCGCAAUGACCACUUAUGCAGAAAGUCCAAGUGGUGUAUCUGGUUUAUUUGACAGCAUUGCCUAUGCUAAAUCUGGUUCGGUCAUUCGCAUGUUUUUGCACGCACUUGGCGAGGACACGUUCAAAAAAGGACUCACAUAUUAUUUAAACGCACAAGCACACAGUGUGGCUGACGAAGACAACUUGUUUGAAAACCUCAACAAAGCGGCCAAAGAAGAUGAAGUGAUUGCCGAUCCAUUAACGGUGAAGGAAUUGUUUGGAUCAUGGUCGAAUCAAAAGGGAUUCCCAUAUUUGAAGGUUGUACGAAAUUCCAAUGGUUCGGUGACACUGUUGCAAGGGGAAUACGAUGCAGUCUACAAGCCAGAUGAACCAAACACACGUACCUGGUGGAUUCCAUACAAUUUUGCAACAAGAAAAGUCCCCGAAUUCGAUGUAACCACUCCAUCUGGUUGGUUCCCGAAAGGUCAAAACCAAACGCUCAUUCCCGAAGAUAAUACUAAAUGGACGAAAGACGAUUGGUUGGUUUUCAAUCGUCAGCAAACUGGUUUCUAUCGCGUUUGGUAUGACCAACACAACUACGAUUUGAUUAACAAAGAACUGAACUCCGGCAAUCUGUCUUCGAUUCAUGAAAACAAUCGGGCUCAAUACAUUGAUGAUUUGAAUGAUUUUGUGAGCACUGGUCGUGUUCCACCAAAAACUCUGUUCAGUGCAUUGACCUAUUUGUCAAAUGAAAACCAUUACGCACCAUGGGUGUCAGCCCGGCGUGCACUUUUGGAUUUAAAUCAAAUUUUCGCCGCCAGUGAAAAGCAGCACGAAUUCAAUGACUUUGCUGCAAAAAUUCUAACCAACUUUUACAAUAAUAAGACAUUGGACGCAAUUGAAAAUGAACCACUUUUCGAUAAACUCUCGCGAAACAUUGCCGUUGAAUUGGCCUGCCGAUUUGGUGUUCCACGGUGUUUGAACGAAACCUAUAUCAAAUUCCACAAUUUUCUUCAGAAUGGCAACAAACCAUCGCAAGAUAAUCGCGGUUUAGUGUUUUCCAACGGAAUACGUAACGCUGCAAGCAAAGAUAUUGACAAAUUUUGGAAUUACCUUGUCGCCACCAACUCCGAUGAUGAACGCAAAGAAAUCAUCAACAGCUUGGGAAAUAUUCAAAAUAGCACAUACACCGAACGUGUUCUAAACAAAACUCUCGGUAAUGUGGGCACUGGAGUGACCAAAGCCGAUUUAAUGUCGAUUAUUCAAUCGAUUAGUGGCGGUAGUCAAAGUGGUCUUGCGAUUACCAUCACAUUCCUCGGACAUAAUUUGGAAAAAGUCAAUACGACCAUCGGAUCAGUUCCUACGAUUCUAACAUCGGUUGCCUCAAACGUUGUUACAGCUGAAGUUCAAACUGAUUUCGUCAAUCUGUUGGAUUUAGCCAAAUCUAAAAACUUAAUCACCGACGCUGAAAUCGAAACUCUCAAAAAUACUGUCAACGACAAGGUGGACUGGCAAAAGAACAAUGUGAAACAAUUUGAAGACGCUCUUACGCUUUCAGCCGCUUCAAUGACAGAAAAUCCAGCUUCGCACGUUCUAAUUUAUGUAUUAUGUUUGUUAGCAUUAGCUCUUUUAGUUGCAUUUGUAAUCUUCUAUUUGGUUCGCCGGAAUGCCAAAUAAACCAGCAUGGCCUAGCCAUGAGUUCACAUGCACAUUCAAUAGUCAAAUUGAACAGAUCAUGAAAAAAAAGUGCCAAUUUAUAUAUAUUUAUAACGCCGUUAAAGCAUAUACAUUUAUUUUGAUAAUUUUUUUUUUGGAAUAAAUUAAAGCAAAAUUAACUCGUCUUAA